AUGCGCGCCCCGAAGCACGCGGUGUGGGAGGAGGGGAGCCCGAGCGCCCCCGGAACCCCGGGCCCGCAGUCGGAAGCGUUUUCCAGGGAGACUACAGGGCUUAGCCGCGGCGCGCUCGCCGGGCGGGAGCGCGGCGCUUUCAAGUCGCCGCCAGGUAUGCGGCUGCGUGACCCCACCUGGGCGCGCCCGCCCCGGGCCCGCCCCCGCCGCCCCCCCGGGGAGGCCCACGCCGGGGCCCGGCCGCCAGGGCCCCCCGACCCGGGGGCCGCGCGCCCCUCCCCGGGGCCCCCCACCCGGGGCCGCGCGCGCAGCCGCGCUGCGCCCCGCUCCCGGCUCCUGAAUGAACGCGCUCCCCUCCCCCGCGGAGUGAAGUUCCCACCGCCAGGGACGGUGGCGAACUCGCGCUCCCGGGCCGGGCCCCGCUGGGGCGCAGGGACGCCGGGGACGGCGCGGUGA